AUGCCUUCUGCUAAGGUUUUCCGUAAGUUUCCGACUUAAAGGGUAUGUUCAAACGAGAGUUUUCAGUGGAGAUUUCCGGUAAGAAAGGGUCCGAAAAAAAGGAGAAGCGCGAGAAAUCCGUGGAAAAGAAGGUGGAUUUCGAUGACGGAAUGAUGUGUAUGGAUGGAAAGUUUGGGAGUUCACGGAAAGAGAUUCGAGUUACAGGCCGUCUGAAAUUGGUGGAAGACGGGGAAAAUGAUGUGAGAAAGGGCGUGAGAAGACCACGAAGAAGCUUCGGAGAGAGGAAGGAGAAGGGACCGAGAGGAAGAUCGGCGAAUGGACGCAAGAAUGACGGGGAGAAGAAGAGAAGGGAGGCUCGAAAGGGAUCGGAAAAGAGAGGAAAAUCGGCGGAACGGAAGAGGGGACAAUCCAAGGAUCGGAAGAGGGGACAAUCCAAGGAUCGGGCGGUGAAGGCGGCGGAGAGAAAGGCGCGGAAGGAGAAGAAGCUGGAGGAGAAGAAGGCGAGAGCCGCCGAGAAACAGGCGACUCGCUGGGUCAAGGUGCCGAAGAUACUGAAAAUGACAACCCGCGGACCGGCGGUGGCCACCACGAGAAUCAUCACGACCACUCGAGUUGUUGCCAUUUGA